AUCGACUAUACAAUCUCGCAGCAUAAAGAUCAUGUUACAUUGUUAGGAGGAUAGGAGGUAUCACGUGUGUCACGCUAUUGAUAUAAAUAGUAAGGAAAUUAAGAGAAAAUGAACGUAGAUUGUUCGAACGAUGAUGAUGUGCAGGCCACAGAAAACAAGCUCGAGUGCCCAUUUACCUGGGUGAUGGACGAAAAUCUCGCUCAAACCUAUGAGCAAGAUGCGUACGUCAACAUCGAGGAUCAGCCGAUCAAGGCGCUGAUGCACUCCAUCACCCUCAUCUACGUGCACGUGAUAAAAAAAGAUUUGCAUACUGCUUACGCCAAGGUCAAGGAGACCAUUGAAGUACUCAAUUCGAUGGAUUUCCCGCAACUAGAAAAAGAGGGAAUAUCCAUCAAAAUCUUGGUACACAUUGUUAGAGCAAGCCAGUACCACUAUUACGUGGCAAGAGGAAAUCAUGCCGGAGCACAGAAAAUCUUGGCGGAAGUACCUUUGCUCGAUGCACAGCAGCUACGCGACAAAACCAACAUUGGCACCCUCAAUGGCUGUAAGAGCCUUUCGUGGUCUGUAUUCUUUGAUGCGCCCAAGAGCAUUGCCCUGGCUUAUGCCUCAAGAGCUGUUCAAAACAGUCCCAACUGUGCACUGUGGAAUUUUAUCCUUGGCAAAAAAAUCCGGCACUUGCGGCGUGAUGAUUCCAACUUUGAGCCUCUACCAGACGAGAUUAAACACCUGCUCAAAGCGUACGAGUUGUCUGGAAGCCAUUACUAUGGAGUUUUUGUUGCUCAAAUGUACGGAGAAAUGAAAGAGUAUGGCAAAGCUAAGCAGAUAAGCAUGGAAAUAUAUAACUGCAAUCCACAAAGCGUUGGUAUAAGAUUGAGAUUGGCUUUAAAUUUUAUGAAGAGCAAAGAUUACGAUUAUGCCAAGGACUGUCUAGAUUUUGUGCAAAUCAGAUGUGUAGAUAAUAGCAUGUAUCUCCAUUACAAAGGGCUUUACUUUGAAAAACAAAAAAAUUACCAGAUGGCUGCCUUGUAUUACAGUAAAGGUGCAGAAAAAGGAAAUUACAAGGCAGACCUGCAGUAUGCGAAAUGCAUGUCGAUUAUCAAUAAGAAAUUUAAUUACGUCAAACAUUUGGACGAAAUGUUGACAAGGCACAAUAAGAAUACUACUCUGGUGCAACAAAUAUUUCUACAUACAGCCAUGCAAUUUUAUUUCAUAAAGAUCGACAUUAAGAAUGCUUUAACUUAUUUUUUAAAAGCUAUCCAAAUAAGUCCUAAAAACAAACAAUUGAAGAACUACAAAAACAUUACGAUGGACUACAAAACGUACAACAUUGUUGAAUUUCUUUAUAAUAAAAUACUUCCAGAAACACACCAGAAAUAUCCAAUACUCCCUUACGAUUUGUCAGACGUGAUUAAUACAAUUGAAAAAUUGUAUCCUCUGUGUAGCACUGAUGGCAAUUCGUUGUCAUCAAACGUAGAAAAUAUGGAAUUAUAAAAAAUAUUAAGUAGAUUUCAUCUUAUGAAAAUGACCUAUUUUUCAAUCUACGAGAUUCACUGUGUACUUGCAAGUUACUUGCAUUAACUACAACUUUGUGUUAAAAACUUCUUUGCUGAAUUAAUUAUU